CCCUGCAGCCCCAGAACAUUCCACUCAACACACAUACAGGUACCAGGGGCUUCAUUUAGUUAAUUGGCGUUAGUGUCUCUGGCUUGGGCUUGUCUCUUCAUCUCUGAUCCACUGUCGGUUCCCCCUGGUGUCUUAGGUCAGGUGUGACUGAACACAGAGCACUGAAAGGAGCACAGAAGCAUCUCCAGCAACAACAGAGGUACCGCCAUGUCUGCUGGGUUGGAGUUAGUGGGGAUCGCUCUGUGCAUCUUAGGAUGGAUCAUUGCCAUCAUGGCCUGCGCCCUGCCCAUGUGGAGAGUCACUGCUUUUAUCGGCAGUAACAUUGUCACGGCCCAGGUCAUCUGGGAGGGCCUGUGGAUGACCUGCGUGGUCCAGAGCACGGGCCAGAUGCAGUGUAAGGUCUACGACUCCAUGCUGGCCCUCUCCCAGGACCUCCAGGCUGCCAGGGCCCUCACGGUCAUCUCCAUCCUCCUGGCCAUCCUGGCGGUGCUCGUCGCCAUCGCCGGGGCUAAGUGUACCAACUGCAUCGAGGACGAAGCAUCGAAAGCUAAAGUUAUGAUCAUCUCAGGGGUAUUCUUCAUUGUGUCAGGAGUUAUGCAGUUGAUCCCAGUGUCCUGGUCGGCCAAUACAAUCAUCAGGGACUUCUACAACCCGCUGAUAACAGAUGCUCAACGCAGGGAGCUGGGAGCAGCACUUUACAUCGGCUGGGGGGCCUCAGCCCUGAUGAUCCUCGGGGGGAGCCUCCUCUGCUGUUCCUGUCCACCUCGGGAGAAGAAGUACAACCCCUCCCGAAUGGCGUAUUCUGCCCCGCGGUCUGCCCCAGGCGGUCCCGGUUUUGAGAGGAAAGAUUACGUCUGACAGGACAAUGGAUGGCAUAAGGACUUUUUGUACACAACCAAAAAACGAUAUUCUACACCUAUUUUAAUAGUAUGUCUAGAAAAAGACAUGAUGGAUCCCAAAGAGACUCCACAGUGAAGUGAUGUUUUUUUUUUUACCAAUAUGUUUGUUUGACUAUGUCCAGUAUUUGACUCUGUAAUAUCUUUUCUGACAGCAAAGCAUGUAAGUUCCAUGCUGGCUGUGUGAGAAAAUGGAAAGGACUGUGUUCAUUCCAUUUAGGUUUGGUGAAGUAAACAAAGGUUAUUGAUUAGCUCAGUACAAACUGUUCAUUAAAUUACAAGGUUUUAUGAGGAGAAUAAUUUGUGAACUGUGCAUAUCCAUUGAAAUUAAUAAUACAACUAAUAUUAUAAACAUGAUCAUUGAUAUAGCGUUAGUUUUUUUAUGAUUAUCCAUUUCGAAUCAUUUAAAAUUCUGUCCAUUUAUUCUUUAAAUUACAAACAUUAUGCAAUUUCUAUAGCUUCAGGCAACAACUCUACAUUACAUUUUAAUUACUUUAACAGUGAUAUCUUAAAUACUCAAUCAUUAUCUUUUCAAUAACAUUUCUUUAUGAAGCAUUACCUAGGUUUCUGAAAGGAAGAGAGGCCGGUACACAGAUUACAUUUGACUGACGCUUUCAGAAAAAAAUCAUGAAGCUGGAUAUGUUUUUAUUACAGAUUCUUUAUUACAGAAUUUUUUUAGUUUUUUUGUUGGAUUUUCUUAUGGACAUUUUUUACUGUUUGUUUUGUAAAAAAAAGUUUUGUAAAAGUCUGUGAAAGACGUAUUUGUUUGAUGGUAAUAGUAAUUUUCUGUGUUGAGGGUGUGACUUUUUGAUAUGAACAUUCAGAAAACGAUACUGUAACUGUAUUAAAGUCGGUUACCUGAGCUACAGACAGAUGCCAUCUGUGUGGCAGUGAAAAGAGGGAAGGGGGCCUGGGUUAGGAGCAGACCAAAUAUGAAGGCCACAGUGUUUUUUGACAAUGAUGCAAUGUCUACAUUGUCCACCUGUGUCCGUUCAUUACAGGUUAAUGUGUAUUCGUUGUGCAGCAUUGACUGCACUUCACCUGCUUUUUAAUAAAGAUGGAUUUUGCUUCGUAUA